AUGAGAUAUAAUGGGACAUGCAAUUACAGGGACCAGGAAAAUGCGACUAAAUCGAAAAAGGUUUCACUUUGGGAUGCUUUAAAUCUUAAACCUGAAAAAAAAGAUUUGUCUUGCUCAUCUUCUGCUCAUGAUUUGAGGCAUUUAGAAUUGGAGAAAGAAAAAGAGAAUGGGGCAUCACCAAGAGGAGUCUUAGAAGUAUACAUGAAAGACUUUGAUUCUCGAAUAUUUACUAAACCAGAAAAAAGUUGUUCAAGCACAAGGGCACACUCUAACUGGACCAAUUUUUUCAAACUUUUCAAGAAAAAAUCUUUUAAACGGCUAGGGACCCUCUCCAAUAUUAGUGUUCCAAAGAUACCAAAAUGGAAAAGCAGAAGUACUAGAGAAAAUCACGCUCUUAGCAAGCUAUGUAACUUCAACUCUUCUUGGGUCACUUUUAGCCUUUCUGACCUCAGAAAAGCGACCAACAAUUUUGACAGUGAAAAUAUAAUCGGAAGAGGUGGUUUUGCUGAAGUUUACAAGGGGUGUCUCGAAGAUGGACAAUUAGUAGCUGUGAAGAAAUUGAAUAAAGGAACCACAGAAGAAAAAACUGCGGGCUUUCUAUCUGAGUUAGGCGUAAUUGCUCACGUUGACCAUCCUAAUACUGCCAAGCUGGUUGGAUGUUGUGUAGAAAGAGAAAUGCAUCUUGUCUUUGAACUAUCUACACUAGGAAGUUUAGGAUCUCUUCUUCAUGGUUCAGAUAAAAACAAACUAGAUUGGAGUAAAAGGUAUAAAAUUGCUCUGGGAAUAGCUGAUGGUCUCCUCUAUCUGCAUGAGUGUUGUCACAGACGAAUCAUUCACAGAGAUAUUAAGGCAGAGAAUAUUCUAGUCACGGAUAAUUUUGAGCCACAGAUAUGUGAUUUUGGGCUUGCAAAGUGGUUACCUGAACAGUGGACUCACUAUAAUGUAUCAAAAUUUGAAGGCACAUUUGGUUAUUUUGCUCCUGAAUAUUUCAUGCACGGAAUAGUAGAUGAAAAAACUGAUGUUUAUUCAUUUGGGGUCCUGCUUUUGGAGAUCAUAUCCGGGCGCCCAGCGCUGAAUGAUUUGCAGCAAAAUAUUGUAUUAUGGGCAAAACCUUUGCUUUGUGACAAUCAUACAAAGGACCUUGUUGAUCCUUCACUUGGUGAUGAUUAUGAUAAAGGGAAGUUGGGUUGUGUAAUUGUAACUGCAUCGCUGUGUAUUGAACAGAGUCCUAUCUUACGCCCCAGAAUGAGGCAGAUUGUGGCGCUACUAAGAGGGGAACAACAUGUUAUGAAAUCUAAACGAGCAAGUGGAAGGAGACUUUUGGAAAGAACUUACUCAGAAGAGCUCUUAGAUGUGCAAGAAUACAACUCAACAAAAUUUCUAAGAGAUCUCAAGCGGCAUCAAGAGAUUGCAUUGGGUCUUGAGAACUAA